CAUGUGAAGUAAUAGCUGAACUACAAAAUUAAAAAUUUAUUUACUUGCCUUCCUUGACUCCUAUGUCUAUGAAAUGCCGGAGUACAUCUUCAUUGCACUUCACUACAGAGUACAGUCUUGACUCUGCUGGCUCGUAGUCCACAGUUGAAAUUUUCGGAAUCACACAUUUAGGCGUGCAAAAGGAACUGGCUAGGCUGCAGGCUGAACAUGAACGUAGCCCUGGCGUAGAGUUAGUUGAAGCAGGUCAGCCUGACUGAACCAUUCAGAGCCAAAUGGAGGGAUUGUGAAGGUGUCCACCGUAGAUAUACUAUUACUACCUGUUUCAUUGAUUGGUCCACUUCCAAAAUGGUCACUGCCAGUCAAACGCAUGAGCAUGUGUCACUGCUCAGUAACCGGGAGGUAAAGUUGUCAUUCGGUCGGAAAAUUGCCUUUGCAAUCGGUGGCGCCACGUCAGCCCUAACCUCCACAGUCCUUGCCUUCUUCUUGGCUAUUUACCUACUGGAAGUGGCUGAGGUUGAGCCUCUCUACGUGUCCGUCAUAGUGUUCUCCGGCCGUGCUUGGGAUGCCAUCACUGAUCCGCUUAUAGGGUACCUGUGCAGUCGAACACACAGCAAGAGGUUUGGCCAGCUGAGACCAUGGCUUCUUUUCUCCAUUGUACCAAUGGCGGCGUUCUACAUAGGCAUUUGGAUUGUACCCAGCUUUCCCAACACUGGAACAAAAGUCCUCUACUAUUUGGUGAUGUAUUGCGGCUUCCAGACAGCUCUGUCCGCAUACCAUGUGCCGUACACAGCUCUGACCAUGCAUCUCAGCACUAAGAAUGAAGAACGUGACUCCGCAACAGCAUAUCGUAUGGCAGUAGAGCUGGCCUCCACACUGAUAGCUGCUAUUGUCCAAGGCCUCAUCCUGUCAGCAAAGGUUACCAAGCCAGAGUGCACGGCGGGUCAGGUGGACAAGCCGUGGCUGACCGACGAGAAAGACGCCUAUAUGAUCGCUGCAUUCACUGUAGCAGCCAUCGCCACAAUAUGCGCACUCGUGGCAUUCCUUGGCAUUCGUGAGCAAAAAGGCAUACUUCUCCCGAAGCCACUAAGCUUGUGGAAAGGGCUGAAGUUUGUGCUGCACCAUCGGCCUUACGUCUAUCUCACAAUGUUCUAUCUAUUCUCUUGGCUGGGGACGCAGGUGGUUGCUGGCAACUUCUCCCUGUUCAUUGAGUAUGUCAUGAACCUACGUGGCAAGUUCCAGAAUUUCAUCAUCGUUCUCCUGGUCAGUGCCUGCGUUGCCAUGCCUGGCUGGCAGUUGGCAUCCAUCAAGAUUGGGAAAACAGCCACGUUUGUCAUUGGCGUACUGUUCUCUUUCCCCGGCCUCAUCUCUUUACUGUACAUCACGCCAAACCUUGUGUCACUCAUGUAUGCACUGGCUGCUCUUGCUGGCCUGGGCACGGCUGUGUCUUACCUUAUACCAUGGUCCAUGCUUCCCGAUGUGAUUGACGACGCCGAGCUGGAGUUUGGCGAGCGUCGUGAGUCGCUCUUCUACGCCUUCUUCGUCUUCUUUCAGAAAUUCGCCGUUGGUGUGUCCCUUGGCUUGUCUACAGUGGCACUGCAAGUGUUUGGUGGCUAUGAGACAGGGGCUUGCGAGCAGCCUGAAUCGGUCUCGGAGACGCUGCGUGUCCUGCUGGCAGCACCGCCCGUCGUGCUCAACGUCAUCAGCUUCUGGUUUGUCUGGAAGUACCCCAUCAACAAAGCGCGGGCGUUUGCGACGAGGAAGACCCUGCUGGAGUCGGGGGGUACCGCCGUGGACACUUAAGCAACGGCGGAGCAUUCCAGAUCCACGCGUGCCGUCGUUAGUUUAGUUCUGUUUCCCUCCAGUGUGGUUCACCAGUCUUCUUUGCCGAGCAACGAUUUCCGACAGAUCCUGGUUAAUUUCAUGUUCUAGCAAACCAACACCUCAUUCAUGAUCAUAAUAAUCCCCCUUUUCUGUUCUGACCAGAAAGGCCACUUUUGCAAUUAUUUAUACCUUUUGAAAAAUAAGUCCUUCUCACAAAAUAUGUUGAGCACACAUCCAUUAGCGGCUGCGCGCUGUCAUAACAUGCUAUCAAGAGUACAUAACCAUACGCACUCUUGAUGCUCUGCGUAAGACAAUAGAAGCACGAGCACUAGCAGCGUUCUAUUAUGGUAGAGUGAGCUGGCCCCACGUGGUCACGGUCUACUAUUGACAGCCUUGUUGACAAGGUGUUACCACUGUGCGUUCAGUACUAUUCAUUCUCUGCUUUCCGGUAGAUCCUAGGAGGCAUAGUCCUAAUUUCUUAUCACAGAUUAUUUUAUUGUGUUUACAACGCCACUCCAUGCAUAUUGGUCUGGGUUUUUUAACAGUAUUUUUUUGCUUGAAUUUUCAUUUUAUAUGUUUAUACUACCUGCCUAGCUUCUACACUGUACUUCGAUAAAGGAACGUUUGCACAUUGCUGCUCAAUGAA